ACGUCGUGCUUUAGUUGGCUCACGUCUGCUGAUAACUGGUGAAUACGUCGUGCUUUAGUUGGCUCACGUCUGCUGAUAACUGGUGAAUACGUCGUGCUUUAGUUGGCCCACGUCUGCUGAUAACUGGUGAAUACGUCGUGCUUUAGUUGGCUCACGUCUGCUGACAACUUCUCGGUACACCGUGUGUGGCGCUGAGUACAAAAAACACGGUGAUCACGUGUUGCAGUCGACGGUCGCAACUUUCACUGUCUUCAAGUUGCAGAAGACUUGUACUUCUGAUUUCAAUAGAUUUAAUGGAAUUUCGCGUGAUUUAAUAGGAUUUCGCGUGAUUUCAUGGGAUUUCAUGGGAUACUUGGUGAUUUCAUGGGAUUUCAGUCAGUAAGCCGUCAACUACGUGAGUAAGGCACGUAAUCUAUGAGAACAAGACACGUGAUCUAGCACCCCAGACAGAUUGCCACGAGACAGUCGAAGUGAAAUGGCGCCGGGAGAUGACGUGCAGCGGUUGGUCAUCUGCUUCCAUGUGCUGCUGGUGCUGGCUGUGUGUGGGUUUAUCGUGGCGUUCAGCAGUCCGGAGUGGUCGGUCUUGUAUGUCUUCUCCACCUACAUCUACGCGGGGCUGUGGACGUGCAAGGACGGGGUCUGGUGCUCACUGAACGUGCUUGGGAACCCACUAGCCACCCAAUGUCUGGAAAUUGUUGCUCUGGUUGCUGACGUCACAUCCGUGGCGGCUCUGGUGUUUUCCUAUGGCGUCCAGGUCCUUGAGAACAGGUUUCUCAUCUACCAGAACUUGGCUCGCAGGCUUGCUGCAGUGGCGGCUACUGUGGGAGGUGUUCUAGGUGUGAUGGGCGCUAUACUCUACUCCACCUACACACACGACAACCUGGCUUGGGCUUUCGUGUUGUCGGUCUUUGCAUCUGUCGUCAUCAUGGUGAGCGGUGUUAGCCUGCUUGUCCUGGGCACACGUCGAGCUAAACAGAAAAUUCACCGGAGUUAUGAGAGUCUCUGAUUGGCUGCACAUUCCACACGUUUUUUUUUACCAGCUUUUGUUUACCUCACUUCCUGGUACUCCGCCUAGUGCUUCGUCCGUCAUGACGUCGCGAGCACUUCUAACGGACUAAUUUAAAAAAAACUUAGCACGUACAUCAAGAUCUGAUAACAUUGCAAUGUGACAUCAAAAUUUGACUUAAUUGAUGCGUAAUUAAUUAUUAAAUUUUAAAUUAAAGUUUCUUAUAUGCAGAGUUUCUUUCAGGCAUCUCUUCGGGGGACCCCCCGAACGAAAUUUAUAUAGAAAAUAUAUAAUUUUAACAGUGUGCGCCCCCCCCCCCCCCCCCCCCGAAGAAAGUCUACCGUCCCCCCUCCCCCGAAAAUUUCAAGUGCCCCUCCGGAGAAAAAAGUCUGGAAGAAACACUGCAUAUGAAGUACUAAUUUUCCGCGCUA